AUGUCGUACCUUCGAGAACUUUUGAUAAAAAGACCAUCUAUUAAAGGUAGCUUAACUCGUUUUAAAAAUUUUUAUGACAAAUUAGAUACCGACAAUCCAGAUAUACUUCAGUUAGAAAUACGUUUAAAUAAAUUAGAAAUUAAUUGGGAACAAUUUUGCGACAUUCAAAGUCAAAUUGAGGAAGAUAAUUUCGAGACUGAAAAUUUAAAAAGACAAAAUUUUGAAGAUGAAUACUAUAAUUGCAUAUCACUUGCCAAAGGUUUAAUUGAUUCAUACAGACAGGAAAUUCGUAAAUCAUCAUCAUCAUCAUCAUCAUCUGGUAGUUCAUUACGUUCAAAUAAAUUAAGUAACGUUAAGCUACCUACUAUAAAUUUACCAUGUUUUGACGGAAAUUACAGUCAGUUUCUUUAUUUUAAAGAUACAUUUAAAUCAAUAAUUCACAACAAUUCGGACAUAUCUGAAAUUCAAAAAUUUCAUUAUUUGUGCUUAUCAUUGAAGGGCGAGGCAGCAGACAUAAUACAUUCCUUGGAAAUAUCCGCAGCAAAUUAUGAUAUCGCUUGGAAGCUACUCACAGAAAGAUUCGAAAAUAAAGUUCUUUUAGUUAAUAACCAUGUGAAAGCUAUUUUUAAUUUACCCGCGGUAAACAAAGAAUCAUAUUUCGCCUUACGACAGCUAUUUGACGGUUUCAUUAAGCAUACAAGAGCAUUAGAAGUUCUUGAACAACCCGUAAAACAUUGGGAUACGUUAUUAAUAUACAUAAUUUCAAAUAAACUAGACUCCAUUACGCGCCGCGAUUGGGAAAAAAAACAAAAGGCUGAAACUUUACCGUCGCUAACUGAAUUAACGACAUUUUUAAGAGAAAAAUGCGCACUUCUGGAAAGGAUAUCACCAUCAACGUCAUAUGAUAAAAAUAUAAAAUCGAAAGCUUUCAUAUCAAAUGAAAACUUGUAG